UCUCUUUCCACAUUUUUCUUCGUCCUUCACUCACCCCGACUUUUACAACUUACCAAAACAAACAAACUAUAAUUUGGAUUUCGCAUGUACAAACUUAAUCAGAUCAUCAGCAAAAAUUAUUAAUAUUUGUGUUAAGGCGGCUGUGGUGGUGGUGGUUGGUCAAUGAAAUAAAUGUGCCGUAAUUAGAUACCAAACAUAAGACUUAAGUGGCAAAUAGUGAGGUGAAGUGAAUUGCAAACAACUUCAUAACAAUUACGCAACGCUACUAUAUCCAAUUCACAAUUAAUAAUUUACUUAUCUUUCCGCAAAGACAAGAACGGCGGCUAGGCACAGAACAUUAGUGAAACGGCCAGUGCAAAGUUGGGUUGAAAAUUAAAAUGUCGUUGAAACCUCGUCAAGUUGAUUUUCUGCAGACGUGGGACAUUCUUCGUGCCACGAUUGAAGGUGUAAUUACUCUCACAAAGGUUAACAGGGCAGAGUGGAAUGACAGAUUCAGUGAUGUGUACUCGUUAUGUGUGGCGCAUCCUGAACCUUUUACAACCGAGUUGUACAACGAGACCAAGGCCUUUUUGAAAAAGCAUGUUCUUGACCUAAGAAAUGAGCUGGAUAAGCAUGAAAACAAUUCUACACUCUUGAAAGUGUAUUACGACGUUUGGAGCAAGUACAGUCAAGGAAUUGGAUUUCUGAAUCAGUUGUAUUGGUAUUUAAAUCAGCAGCAUGCUAAAAAAUCCAAGCUCACUGAUGCGGAUAUUACAUAUGGAGGUGCAUAUUCAGAGGCACCUGGACAAAUGGUCGAAAUUGGGGAACUUGGACUCGAGAUUUGGCGACAGGACAUGUUGGAAAAAAUUCAGGAUCGAAUAAUUGAUCUAGUCUUGGAAGCCAUUAGGUCCGACAGGAAGGGAGAUACCUCAGUUUCAACUUCCACGGUUAAUGGUGUUAUUCAGUCCUUAGUUUCAGUUGAGGAUCCGAAGCAUCGUAUUCCUGGCGACCCUCGUGCUUCUGCAACGUUUUAUGAACGAGCUUUCGAAAUUCCAUUUCUUCGUGACACCGGCAACUAUUACAAACAAGAAGCGGAUAAACUUAUGGAAGGUUUGUCAGUCUCGGACUAUAUGGAGAAAGUAAUCCAAAAGUUACAUGAAGAAGACAUGAGAGCUCGACGAUAUCUCCACCCAAGUUCCUAUCAUAAGCUGAGUUCAGAGUGUCACAAACGACUGGUUGAAGAUCAUUUGAGUAUCUUGCUAAAGGAAUGUCGCAGCAUGGUAGAGUCUGAUAACAAAAAGGACCUAGGAAACAUGUACUGCCUAUUAAAGCCCAUUUCUGCCGGCUUAAGUCAUUUGGCCGAGUCUGUAGAGUCUCAUGUCAGAAAAGAAGGGUUAGAGUCCGUGCGGGCGCUGAAACCAGACACUGCCCAUGUGGAUUUCGUUGAUAACGUCAUUAAUGUUUAUAAAAAGUACAAAGAAGUCGUUAGUGAAGUCUUUAAGUCUGAUCAGCUCUUCAUUAGUGCUCUCGACAAAGCUUGUACGGCCAUUAUAAAUUUCAAAUCAUCUGCAAAAACACCUUGUCGAUCACCAGAAUUGCUUGCAAGAUUCUGUGAUUCUCUAUUAAAGAAGUCCAAUAAAGGAUUCACAGAAGCCGAAGUCGACGAAAGACUGAAUCAAUCGAUUACAAUUUUUCGCUAUAUAGACGAUAAGGAUGUAUUUCAAAAAUUUUAUUCUCGGAACCUUGCUAAACGUUUAAUCCACCAACUUAGUGUGUCUAUGGACUCAGAGGAAGGAAUGAUCAAUCGCUUAAAGCAAGCAUGUGGUUACGAAUUUACCAACAAGCUACACCGAAUGUUUACUGACGUUACGCUAUCCGCAGAAUUAAGCACCAAAUUUAAUGAUUUUCUUACAACUGACGCUAUCCAACUUAACGUGAAUUUUUCUAUAUUAGUACUGCAGGCUGGGGCGUGGCCCUUACAGCAAAAUCCAUCGCCUUUCUCUAUCCCACAAAUUUUGGAAAAAUCAGUUCAAACAUUUGAAACCUUUUACGGAAAGCAGUUUAACGGAAGAAAGUUAUCGUGGCUUCACCAUUUGUCGACGUGCGACGUAAAAAUAUCGUAUACGAAGAAAACUUACAUCAUAAUCAUGCAAACAUUUCAACUUGCUAUUAUGGCUUUGUUUGAAAAAUCUUAUGAAUUGACUUUCUCUGAAAUGCAACAAGCUACUAUGUUGAAUGAAGACACGCUAACUCGUCAUAUUCAAAGUCUAUUGGACUGUAAAUUACUGGAAUCUGAUGGCCUCAUUACAAAAGAUAGUGUUGUGAAACUCAACAAGGAGUAUAAUAACAAAAAGACCAAGUUCAAGAUAUCUGGUGCAGUCCAGAAAGAAACGCCACAAGAGGUUGAACAGACCCACGUUGCAGUCGAGGAAGAUCGCAAAAUCUUUAUGCAAGCAGCAAUCGUUCGAAUUAUGAAGUCACGAAAAGUAAUCAAGCACAACGUUCUUAUCCAAGAGGUGUUGUCCCUCUCAAACGGUAGAUUUUCCCCCACGAUUGGAGUAAUCAAGAAAUGCAUCGAAACACUUAUUGAACGUCAAUACUUGGAAAGAACCCCCAACUCUGCUGACGAAUAUAGCUACAUUGCAUGACCAAUUUUAUCAAUUGUUAAUUUCAUGAUGCUAUAUGUAAAAUUGCAUUGUAUUGAUCUGGUUUCUGUUUUAGUCAGUGCUGCACGUAUCAUGGUCUAUUACACAUUACAUACACGUUGUAAAAAACAUGUAAGACGUACGCUACUUCUUUGUGUCACGACGAUACAAUAAAAAAAAUACGCAGCGCGAUAC